AUGAAGCGCGAGAUCACGUCCCUAAUCAGCCACCUGCAAUCCCUUUCUACAACCGCCGCAGGCCUGCCAACCACCAUCCCUCCGGAGGUGAUCCAGUAUAUAGAACAGGGCCGCAACCCGGACAUCUACACGCGCGAGUUUGUCGAGCUGGUCCAGAAGUGGAACCAGAAGAUUGGUGGGAAGUGCGAGGCUAUGGCGCUGUUUCGAGACGUGCUGGCUAGGGAGAUCGUGAGUGCGAUGCCGGAGGUUAGUGGGGAGGUGGAGAGGGUUGUUAGGGCUACAGGUGGGAAGAGCGAGGGCUGA